AUGAUAGAGGUCGACCAGAGGAUAAGUCAAAGUUCGCGAGAUGCAACGCCAUCACCUCAGGACACCGGCCAAAGCGGUCGGAAGAAGACAAGGAGAAACACCCAUAUAGCAUGCGUCAACUGUUCCAAAUGGCAUGUAUCAUGCGAGGCCAGGAGACCUUGUCAUCGGUGUGUUAGUAAAGGCCUGGAAGCCACAUGUGUUGAUGCACCACGAAAGAAGAGUAAAUACUUGGCAGGAAUACCAGAUGGGUCCUUACAACGACCGGUAAGAAGAGAAUUAUCGAUAAAUUACCAACAUGAACAGCAGAAAUUCCAGGAUCCACAGCAUAUAGUCCACAAAUCGAAAUUUAUGUCCAAUGCGGCUGACUCCGAAUACGCCAUUCUUUCCCGCAUCAUCAAUCAGGACUCGCUGUUGAACAAGAUACCAGUGGAUUUCUUGUAUUCGAACAAGCAAUUCACACCAAGUAGUGAGUCUACAGCAAGCCCGCCUUUGAAAAGUUACGCUAAUGUGCCUCCUCAUCCGUAUCCAUCUUCGGGCCUCAACGUUUACUCUAUGCUGCUGGGUCCCAACUCGAUGGAUAUAUUGUCAUCACAGGUCGACCUAUUCGAGAAUCAUUUCCCAUUGGAACCGGUAGAAUCUGCAGACGGCUCUUUAAAAUUCAAGAGGCUACUGCCGCCCGAUCGUUCGCCAGAGUCGAAUGAGAUUCAGGAAAACCCACUGAUAAACCAGUAUUACUUGAACAUUGAGAACCUGACAUUUCCAGAAGUUAUGAGAGUAUGGAAAUCUCGAAAGGGUAAGAACGAGUCCCAUUUGCUAUCAUUUGCAUUGGAGUGUUGUUCACCUGAAUCUGCGCGCACGAUCAGUAACCCAGAUUGGGAGCAUUCGCUCAGGUACUCUACGCCGAUGGAAAUUUAUACGUUAAUCACGGAACCCUUCUCACACACUCCCGGAUUCCAUCAUCUGUUUACAUACCUAAAGAAGAGGUUCAACAAACAGGCAUUAGUGGAGAUGUGCCGAUCGUUGGCGGAAUUUCGACCGAUCUUCAUCGCAUGCUCAGUUACUUUAACAGAGGAAGAUAUGAUCUUUAUGGAGCAAUGUUAUCAGAGAACUUUACUGGAGUAUGCGAAAUUCAUAGUACAAACCGGUACGCCGACUUGCGUCUGGAGACGUAAUGGACAAAUCUCCUACGUGAAUGAAGAAUUUGAGAUCCUAACGGGCUGGAACAAAGAGGAUCUUUUGAACAAAAUGACAUUCAUCGUAGAAAUCCUCGACGAUGCCAGCGUAGAGGACUAUUUCAGGACUUUUUCGAAAGUCGCAUACAAGGAUUUCAAAGGCUCAGAACAGAUGCUCGUUUGUAAUAUAUUGAGUCCCAUCAGGGGGACAGUUAUAGAGUGCUGUUGCAUGUGGACAUUAAAGAGGGAUGUAUCUGGGUUGCCACUAAUGAUCCUAGGCAAUUUCAUGCCGAUAUUGAAUUAA